CCGUGGGGCAGGCAGGAGGGAGCCGCUUGGUGGCAGUGGGGCAGGCGGGAGGGAGCCGAUUGGUGGAGCCGUGGCAGUGGGGCAGACAGGAGGGAGCUGAUUGGUGGCAGUGGGGCAGGCGGGAGGGAGCCGAUUGGUGGAGCCGUGGCAGUGGGGCAGACAGGAGGGAGCUGAUUGGUGGCAGUGGGGCAGGCGGGAGGGAGCCGAUUGGUGGAGCCGUGGCAGUGGGGCAGACAGGAGGGAGCUGAUUGGUGGCAGUGGGGCAGGCAGCGCAGCCACCCAGUCCCUGCUGUGGGUGCCCACACGUCUGUGCCCUGCGGUGCCAGGGUGGCAGUGGCACAGCGACGGCGACAGCAGUGAUGGGCACCGGGAUGGAGCUGGUGGAGGUACAGCGCGACGCAUCAGAGCGGAGGGUGUACCUGGACCACAAUGCCACCACCCCCCUGGCCCCUGAGGUGGCCCAGGCUGUGCGGGACGCUAUGUGCCAGGCCUGGGGCAACCCCAGCAGCUCCCACCCCACAGGCAGAAAGGCGAAGGAGCUUAUUGGGAGUGCUCGGGAGAGCCUGGCAAGGAUGGUGGGAGGCCGGCUGGAGGACAUCGUCUUCACCUCAGGGGGCACGGAGGCAAACAACAUGGUGAUCCACACUGCCCGCCGGCACUUCCAUGAAAGCCAUGGCAGGCCAGGGGACAGUUGGGGGAUGCCGCACAUCGUGACGUCAAGUGUGGAGCACGACUCUAUCCGCCUGCCGCUGGAGCAGCUGGUGAAGGAGAGCCUGGCAGAAGCCACCUUUGUGGCCGUGUCCCCACGAAGCGGGCGGGCUGAGGUGGACGACAUCCUCGCUGCCAUCCGGCCGACCACCUGCCUGGUUUCCAUCAUGUUGGCCAAUAACGAGACUGGAGUCAUCAUGCCUGUCGCAGAGGUGAGCCAGUGCAUCCGUGCCCUCAAUCAGCGAAGAGCGGUGGAGGGGCUGCCCAGGAUCCUGGUGCACACUGAUGCAGCACAGAUGGUUGGCAAGGGGCGCGUGGAUGUGCGGGAGCUCGGGGUGGACUACCUCACCAUUGUGGGACACAAGUUCUACGGCCCACGGAUCGGUGCACUGUAUGUGCGUGGCCCUGGCACCACCACCCCACUGCAUCCCAUGUUCUUCGGAGGAGGACAGGAGAGGAGUUUCCGGCCAGGCACAGAGAACACCCCAAUGAUUGCGGGCCUCGGCCAGGCUGCAGAGUUAGUGAGCAAGAACUGGGAGGCCUAUGAGGCUCAUAUGCGGGAUGUUCGGGAUUACCUGGAGGCUAGGCUGGAGGCCCUCCUCGAUUCUGCUCAGCUGUGGGAUCCCUUACAACGUGGCACAGAACGCCUUGCGGCUGAGCGUGGGGCGAGACACCACCCGGGCAGACGUGGACCUGGUUGUGCAGGACCUUGUGCAGGCUGUGGCGCAGCUGGAGCAGGACCAAGCCCUGUAGACCCCAGGAAUUGUUCCCCAGCCAUCACGCAGGUUCUCAGUGGGCAGAGCUCCUGUUGCCGACUCCAUGUGGUCCUUAAAGGAAACUGUGUAGUUCGGGCAUCUGUAACCAUUCCAGCAACUGAGGAGAUGUGUCCUCCCUGUGUGGCCUGGGCCGUCGCUCUCAUUGCUGACACAGGACACAAGUGUCACACGGAUUAGGAACGUUGCCAGCUGGGCUGACUGAUGUCAGGGAACGUGGUCUCCUUGGAUAUGCGUAGAAUAAAAGCGAUUGCUGCUGCUGUGGCUUUUUCCCAAGUAAAA